AAAAGUGUAGCGAGGCAGUGAGUAUAAAAGUGUUUAUAAACUGCACAUCCACUAGUUGUAAAUCCAAUGGCGAUGUGAUUCCUAAUGAUACCCUUCUAGAAAAACCACUUCUUCUUCCUUUUUUUCUUCUUCAUCUUCUUCUUUUCCUCUGUAGAUUUCCAACAAUCGUCUUAUAUUCAGCAGCAUUUUCAUGGGGUCUAUGCUCGGUGACCUGCCGUCAUAUGACCCUCACAACUUCAGCCAACUCCGACCUUCUGAUCCUUCAACUCCUUCUAAGAUGAUUCCUGCGACCUAUCAUCCAACCCACAGUAGGACCCUUCCCCCACCAGAUCAAGUUAUAAAUACUGAGGCCAAAAAUAUACUUAUACGACACAUUUAUCAGCAUACAGAAGAAAAGUCAAGAACAAAGAGACCUGCAGCCGAGCAUCCCAUGCCCGAGCACGGAAGCAAGCAACCAAGAGCAUCUACUACCAACACUUCAAAUUGAGCUUAGGAGGACAUUUCCUUCCAACAAAGUUAAAGCUAUUCAUGUUGUGAUAGAUGAGUCCUGUAUAAUGAGAGUGAAUUGCUUGCUCACUGAAGAAGAAACGGCUCGGCCCGACAUUUACAUGUUGUAUAUAGAUUUUACUUCUUGUAAGAUUGCCCUAAACUCAACCACAUCAAAUUGUUGUGAAAAUCAUAAAACUCAGUUGAAGAAUUGUAACUAUAUGCGUGUGCUUCCAAACAAUAUUAUUGGAGGCCUCCUUCCUAUAAAGCAAAAGAUCCUCACCUUGUUCUUUUUCC